UUGGUAGUGAUUGUGGUAUUGGUAUUGGUAGUGGUAAUGAUAAUGGUAGUGGUAUUGGUAGUGAUUGUGGUAUUGGUAGUGGUAGUGAUAAUGAUAAUGGUAGUGGUAUUGGUAGUGAUUGUGGUAUUGGUAGUGGUAGUGAUAAUGAUAAUGGUAGUGGUAGUAAUAGUCCUGACUACAGAUUAGUCUGCUUUGUCCCAACCCUCUACUCCUCCCUAUUAGGGCAGAGAUCUAGAGUUCAGCUGUCAGACUCCUCUGGAUGUGCUCUGGUCUGAUUGGGUGGCUCCUCUGUUGCCCAGCUGCUGAUUGGCCUGUCCGAACACGUCGAUUUAACCUCACCAACAACACCCCGACAACUACCAAUACCACCAGUUAGUACCAGAGCACCCAGACCUAGUUAGAGCCAGCCAGUCAGAUCCAAACAGAGAAACCUGAACCUCAAACAGCCACGUUCCUUCUGCAGAACCCCCAGUCCUCCUUUCACACUGUGGCCCAGGGCAGGGCUGGAUUUAGCCUUUGGGGGUGGGGCCAUUGGACUUGUAUUUCCUGUGUGUGUGUUACUCUCUCUCUGCAGGGGGCCAGGAUGGUGGUGUCCACACGCUCCAUCGCUGACUUCACCCCACAGGCCAGCUUUCACAUCAAGGUGAGUCCACAUACACACACGUGCAUUUGUUUUGACAUUUAAUGAAUAGACUUCUCCUAGACAUGUAUGUUCUACACAACACACUUCUAUCACACCAACAAGCCCUAGAUACAGUAUGAAAUGGGAACUUCCUCAUCAAACUGUUAUCUGAUUGGUUGGCUGAGCUGCCUGUCUCCCUCCCUUCCCUGUGCUGUCCAAUAGAAGUGUGAGCUGCACCGUCUGGAGGAGGGCCCCUCUGAGACGGCGGUGUUGACCAGAGAACAGGGCCUCCAGUACUACAGGACCAUGCAGACCAUGAGACGCAUGGAGCUGAAGGCUGACCAGCUUUACAAGCAGAAGAUCAUCAGAGGCUUCUGCCACCUCUACGACGGACAGGUCACAACACACACACACAUAAACACACAGCAAGAGAGACAGGAACACACACACACACAUAAACACACAGCAAGAGAGACGGGAACACACACACUCCCCUCCUCUCUCCUAGCUGUUGGUUGUGUUACAGGAGGCAUGUGCGAUGGGCAUCGAGGCGGGCAUCAACCCAACAGACCACCUGAUCACAGCGUACCGUGCCCACGGCUACACCUUCACACGGGGUGUGUCCGUUAGAGAGAUCAUGGCUGAACUCACAGGUGAGACACACCUAUAAACUGAUCGAAGGUCAGAUUUGUAAUUCCCCUAAUGGUUACAGUCAGGAUUUAAGGAAGAUAAACUGAUCCUUCUACCUGAAAUACAUCUCUAAUCUCUCUCUCUGUUCUAUCUCUCUCCCUCGCUCUCUCUGUCUCUCUCGCUCUCUCUCUCUCUUUCUCUCCCUUUCUCUCCCCCAUUCUCAGGUCGUAGAGGGGGUGUGGCCAAAGGUAAAGGUGGUUCUAUGCACAUGUACGCUAAACACUUCUAUGGAGGGAAUGGAAUCGUUGGGGCUCAGGUAACACUCUGAACAGGUCACUCACUCACUCACUCACACACACACACACACACACACCUAGACCGAGAGGGGAAGAUGAGACACACACACCCAUGCAUUCUCGCAGUGUGUGUGUGUGUCUACAGGUUCCAUUAGGGGCAGGAGUGGCCCUAGCCUGCCAGUACCAGGGCAACAACCAGGUGUGCGUGGCGCUGUAUGGAGACGGAGCAGCCAACCAGGUGAGCUCUAUCUAUCUAACGGUUACAAUGAAGUUAUUCAAUCAGCAUCAUCAUCGUCUCUCCUCUUGUCCAAUCAGGGCCAGAUCUUUGAGUCGUUCAACAUGGCGGCUCUGUGGAAGCUGCCGUGUAUCUUCAUCUGUGAGAACAACAAGUUCGGCAUGGGGACGUCUGUAGAGAGGUCCUCCGCUAGCACUGAGUACUUCAAGAGAGGAGACUAUAUACCUGGAAUCAAGGUAGGACACACACACACAGUCAGUGAGUGUAUCUUUGCUAUAUUGACCCCUAUGUCCCUGUGGUGUAGGUGGAUGGCAUGGACGUGCUGUGUGUGAGGGAGGCCAUCAAGUUCGCUGCAGACCACUGCAGAGCCGGGAAGGUGAGCUAUGAUUGGUUGUAGAGCUGGAGAAGAGUUCUGAUUGGUGCAGAGAUGAAAAAGUUAUAGCUGGUUUAAGAGCUUAAAGAGUGUUAAGAAUCACUUUGUCAAAGGGCUGAUCAUAUUCUAGUAUCACACCUGUGUCUGUUUCCUGACAGAGGGAGGUUCAGUGACCAGCAGAAUAGAGACGCUAGUACAGAGUUGUAACUGGUCCCACACUCCUGGUGUGCUGCAGGGCCAAACAGCAUAGAUAUAGGAAGAAACCUCUGCUCCAAUAGAAAUCCCUGAUCAGGCUAUUCAGCAGUGUCAUGGUGGGGUUGGCUAGCUUGUUGAGUGUCUUGCUUUUGAAACCUCUCUGGCAGGGUCCUAUUGUGAUGGAGCUGGAGACCUACCGUUACCAUGGACAUAGCAUGAGCGACCCCGGGGUUAGGUGAGACAUGAUCUCUGACCCCUGACAAUGUGUUUGUCAACUGAACACCCUGUCUCUCUCCGCCCCCUCACUCCUCACCACAUCUCCCAUCGCUCUCUCUCUCACUCUCUCUAUUCUGUUUUUAGCCCCGCCCAUUUCCUUGUGUUGCCACUCCCUAGUUUAGCCUGUGGUUGCAGAGCUCGUCCAAAGGCGGCUCAGGGUCAGAGAUGGCAAACUGGGCCGCGUCCUCGAUCACCUUCCUGCUCUCUACAUCUAUCUCUACACCUAUCUCUACACCUAUCUCUACACCUAUCUCUACACCUAUCUCUACACCUAUCUCUACAGCUAUCUCUACAGCUAUCUCUACACCUAUCUCUACACCUAUCUCUACACCUAUCUCUACACCUAUCUCUACACCUAUCUCUACACCUAUCUCUACAGCUAUCUCUACAGCUAUCUCUACACCUAUCUCUACACCUAUCUCUACACCUAUCUCUACACCUAUCUCUACACCUAUCUCUACAGCUAUCUCUACAGCUAUCUCUACAGCUAUAUCUACACCUAUCUCUACAUCUAUCUCUACACCUAUCUCUAGCAGGGAGGGAGGACACACACACACACACACACACGGUCCAAUUAGAUUUUAGAUUUAGAUUUUAGUCAUUUAGCAGACGCUCUUAUCCAGAUCGACUUACAGUUAGUGAGUGCAUACAGGUCUCUCUCUCUCUCUCUCUCUCUCUCUCUCUCUCUCUCACUCUCUCUUUCUCUCUCUGUUUCUCUCUCUCUGUCUCUCUUUCUUUCUGUCUGUCUCUCUCAUCAACCAAGGGCUGGUGCGGAACCUUGCUAAUCAUGUCUAACUCCUCUUCCUGUGUGUGAUGUAACUUCCUGUAGCUACCGUUCACGUGAGGAGAUCCAGGAAGUGCGCAGUAAGAGUGACCCCAUCACCAUGCUGAAGGAACGCAUGCUGUCCAACAACAUGGCUUGUGUGGAGGAGAUCAAGGUACACACACCUUCACCGACACGCAUCCACACACACACACAUGCACGCACGCACGCUCACACACACACACGGUCCAAUUACUCAAAUGAUUUCCCUCCUUGCCACCUUCUCUCUGUCCUCCCUCCCUACAGGAGAUAGAUGUAGAGAUCAGGAAGGUGAUCGAGGACGCGGCCCAGUUUGCCAUCUCUGACCCUGAGCCGCCAUUGGACGAGCUCUGCAACCACAUCUUUGCCAACGAUCUACCCAUGGAGGUCCGCGGGACCAACCCCUGGGUCAAACUGAAGUCUGUCAGCUAGACACACACACCUGGACCAUCCCCUCCUACCCUCUGCAACACCAACCCCUGGGUCAAACUGAAGUCUGUCAGCUAGACACACACAAACCAAACUACUGUACAGUCUAUUAGCUAGACACACACACCUGGACCAAACUACAGUCCAACAGCUACACAUCCCCUCCGACCCUCUGCGACACCAAUGCCUGGGUGAAAGUCUACUCCCUCUCCUCCUUCUCCCUUCUCUCAUUCCUUCCUUAGUUGUCUCUAAACGCACAAUAUGAGAGGAGGUCAUGACCCUGUAGGUCAGUGUUCAGUCUGUAGCAGCAUUCCAAACCAGUCUGUCACCUCUGACCCUCUGAUGUCACUGGUAUUUAUUGACAAUAUGUACUGUAAAGAGUAUACUAUGUAGUUUUAUAUUGAUGUGUUCUCCUGAUACUGAGGGACUGUAGAUUGGAGGUGUAUGGCUUAGGGCAGGCUGUUGUUCCAGCCUAGCACUAACACACCUGAUUCA